GACAGUACAAACAAAGUCCAUCAAUCACUUGCAGUAAAAAGAGCACACAUUUCUACAUUAUUAUUUUUUAAAAAUAUCCAUCUCUGUAUUCACCAAUUAAUGCACACCUCAACUAAUGUUAUAAAACAACCCGUUUGAUCCUACAAUAUUUAAGUAUCACCACCGUAGAUUGAACUCAGCAUUUCUACUCGUGGCUUCUACUUACUGCCUACAUGGAUAAAUAGAGGUCUACCCAUGAUUGGUGUACACAUCUAUACAUCCAUAUAUAUCUUUUACCAACUUCACCUUCAGUUUCUUAUCUAUUUCUUUCUACAGAAAACACUCACAAACCAGUAACUCAAUCAUAAUCCAACCCCACAAAUUUUCUUUUUCCCUCUCAUAUUUCUUCUCACACUUAAAUCCCCCAUUUCUCAUUUCCAUUCUCAAGCUCCCCUACAACACUCACUUCACAGUUCAACUACUAAACCAUGCUACCUUUCCUUCUUCUUUCUCUUUUAGCCACCGCAGUCGCUUCGGUUGCCACUGGUCCUGCCGCUACUUACCCGGCCACCCAACUCCUAAAUGUCAAAGACACAAUCAAAGAAGCAGAAACCGCACCCUCUAGACUACCACAAGAUCUUGAACUCCAUGAAAACUACCCUAUUUUUGAGUUAGACAACAACAGCAGCCAAAGUCAAUGGAAGCUCAAGCUUUUCCAUAGAGAUAAGCUACCCCUCAACUUCGACCCCGACCAUCCCCGUCGUUUCAAGGAGCGUAUCAGCAGAGAUUCCAAAAGGGUCUCCUCUCUGCUCCGCCUACUCUCCAGUGGCAGCGAUGAGCAGGUGACGGACUUCGGAUCGGAUGUGGUCUCCGGCACGGAGCAGGGUAGCGGAGAGUACUUCGUAAGGAUAGGCGUUGGCAGCCCGCCGAGGAGCCAAUACGUAGUGAUUGAUUCCGGCAGCGACAUUGUAUGGGUGCAAUGCCAGCCCUGCAGCGAAUGCUACCAACAAUCCGACCCGGUGUUUGACCCGGCCGGUUCCGCCACCUACGCCGGAAUCUCCUGUGACUCAUCAGUGUGUGACCGCCUCGACAACGCAGGCUGCAACGAUGGCCGGUGCCGGUACGAGGUGUCAUACGGCGACGGAUCCUACACCCGCGGCACCCUCGCGCUCGAAACCUUAACUUUCGGCCGGGUCCUAAUCCGAAACAUCGCGAUUGGGUGCGGCCAUAUGAACCGAGGAAUGUUCAUCGGAGCCGCAGGGUUGCUCGGUCUCGGCGGCGGCGCCAUGUCAUUCGUCGGCCAACUCGGCGGCCAGACUGGCGGCGCGUUCAGCUACUGUUUAGUCAGUCGAGGCACAGAGUCCACAGGAACACUGGAAUUCGGCCGCGGCGCUAUGCCAGUCGGCGCCGCGUGGGUUCCCCUAAUCCGAAAUCCACGCGCUCCAAGUUUCUACUACGUCGGGCUUUCAGGUCUCGGAGUCGGAGGGAUCCGAGUACCAAUACCCGAACAAAUCUUCGAACUCACCGAUUUAGGGUACGGUGGUGUAGUAAUGGACACCGGAACCGCCGUGACGAGGCUACCGGCGCCGGCGUACGAAGCAUUCCGAGACACGUUCAUCGGACAAACGGCAAACCUACCUCGAUCGGACAGAGUAUCGAUCUUCGACACAUGCUAUAACCUAAACGGGUUCGUAUCGGUAAGGGUACCGACGGUGUCUUUCUACUUCUCCGGUGGGCCAAUACUGACGUUGCCGGCGAGGAAUUUUCUAAUCCCGGUGGACGGAGAAGGGACAUUUUGCUUUGCAUUUGCAGCAUCGGCGUCAGGAUUGUCGAUCAUAGGGAACAUUCAACAAGAAGGGAUUCAAAUCUCCAUUGAUGGAUCAAAUGGGUUUGUGGGAUUUGGGCCAACUAUUUGUUAAUUAUUCCCUUCAUCAAAUAUCAAACGAAGACCCAAUCUCAAAUUAUGUCUUAAAUACGUUUUUUCCCCUCAAACUUAAAAUCUUUUUUUUUUCUUAUUUUGUAAGUUAUAGAUUUCUUUUUAACUUUUAUUUUUAUUUUAUUUUUUUUUUGUAGAAUUUGAGUUUAGAAAGAAUAUGUUAGUGAUUGAGAAGUUCAUUGUUUGGUAGAUUUUUCGUUUCUUUUGUGUUAAUACAUUCAUCAAAUAUCUAA